AAGGUCGGUCCUCUCCUGCUUGAUCAGCAUUAAGAUUUCAGACAGACUGCAGACUAGUGGGGGAGUGAAUUGGGAGAGAGUGAGAGAGAGAGAGGGAGAUGGAAAACAUAACAGCAAGUGAGAUUGCAGGUUUUGGGGUGGGCACUCUGCUUCUCUGUGCCACAAUUGCUGCUCCAAGAGUCGACUCUUUCAUUUCUGCUUCACAGAGGAGCUCACUCGGUAUGUGCAGGAAAUGCGGCGAUUUGAAGAUCAUAGCAUGCUCGACAUGUCGUGGAGUUGGAUCGGUCAAGGAAGGCGGGCUUAUCAGAUUCAGUUUCAUGGACGAUUUAUAUCAAUUGCUUGGUGGCGAUGAAACCGGGGUGAAAACCAUACCGUGCACGAAGUGUGGAGCAAAAGGUCAUUUUCGUUGCCCAAAUUGCUCAAAAGCGCAGUAAUCGAAGUCCGGUUUUUCCUUCGGCUUAAGUUAGAGGACAAAAUUACUUAAGGGCUCCGCAAAUUGAUUGCGCACCCCCCUUUUCUGUAACAUAGAGGUGGUAUUUGUUUGGAUUUGUCACACCGGAAGACCCAAAAGAAAGAUCUUUUAGAAGGGGCAGGACAGUGUCUCUGCCGUGUACUAAUAGAGAUAAACACUUGCAGAAACAACUGUUAUUGAAGACAGAAUCAAAUUC